UUUCCUCUUCAGAAACACUCGCCUCAUCUAUUUUCCCCUCCUAAUAUUCAUGCAAGGUCCUCUUUUCCACCCAAUAUAUAUAGGCAACACAAGCUACAAAACUAUAAAUUGCGAAAUGAAAAACAAUCAAUGAAAAAUGGGUUAAGGUCUUGCAAAGUACAAUAUGGUCCUUUUCUCUACCUCACCUCCACCCCCACGCAACAAAUUAUUUUUUUAACUGAAUCUUUAAUUUCCAAGCCAACAUAAAAAAGUUGCAAAAAUAGCCAAUUGGUGCAACUUCUGGGGCUAUCAAGGAUCAUUUCAACCAGUAAUUUUUCAGUCCAUUUGGUGAAUUUUAGGAAUAAUUUGUGUUGAGGUGAUUGGAAUUGUAAUUUUUGUAAAUGAAUGGGAGGUGUUGGAGUUGAAAAUGGUGUUCUUGAAAAUUGGGGUUUAGAGAUUUCAGGGCUAGUUUUGGUAAUAUUUUUUUUUGAUGUGAAUAGCUUAUAGAAUGAAUUCAGAUGUUAAUCGUGCUGGUGGACAAGUGGAAAGGGAUAUUGAGCAGGCCAUAACUGCUCUAAAGAAGGGUGCAUACUUGCUCAAGUAUGGGAGAAGGGGGAAGCCGAAGUUUUGCCCCUUUCGGUUGUCAAAUGAUGAGUCUGCUUUAAUAUGGUUUUCAGGUAAAGAGGAGAAACACCUGAAGCUAAGUCAUGUGUCAAGAAUAAUAUCUGGGCAGCGCACUCCAAUUUUUCAAAGGUACCCACGACCUGAGAAGGAGUAUCAGUCAUUUUCACUUAUAUACAAUGAUAGAUCGCUGGAUUUGAUAUGUAAAGAUAAAGAUGAAGCGGAGGUUUGGUUUAGUGGUUUAAAGGCCUUAAUAUCUCGUGGGCACCAGAGGAAAUGGAGAACAGAAUCAAGGAGCGAUGGAAUUUCUUCCGGUGCUACUAGUCCUAGAACUUAUACACGAAGAAGCUCUCCUCUGCAUUCUCCUUUUAGUAGUGAUAGCUUGCACAAGGAUGGUGGUGAUCAGCUUCGCCUUCAUAGUCCAUAUGAAAGUCCUCCGAAAAAUGGUCUAGAUAAGGGAUUUUCUGAUGUAAUUAUGUAUGCUGUACCUCCCAAGGGUUUUUUCCCUUCAGAUUCUGCUAGCGCUUCUGUUAAUUCCUUGUCUUCUGGAGGUUCAGAUAGUGUGCAUGGUCAGAUGAAGGGAAUAGGGAUGGAUAAUUUUAGAGUAAGCCUUUCAAGUGCAGUUAGCUCAUCAAGUCAAGGUUCUGGUCAUGAUGAUGGUGAUGCCCUGGGAGAUGUUUUUAUCUGGGGGGAAGGCACUGGGGAUGGUGUCCUAGGUGGUGGACCUCAUCGAGUUAGCAGUUCUUUUGGUGCCAAAUUAGAUUCUUUGUUUCCCAAAGCUUUAGAAUCUGCGGUGGUAUUGGAUGUUCAAAAUAUAGCUUGUGGUGGCCGACAUGCAGCACUAGUGACAAAGCAAGGCGAGAUUUUCUCUUGGGGUGAGGAAUCGGGAGGUAGACUUGGGCAUGGUAUUGAUUCUGAUGUUCUGCAUCCAAAGCUUAUAGAUUCACUCAGCCAUACAAACAUUGAGCUUGUUGCAUGUGGUGAAAAUCAUACUUGUGCCGUAACACUCUCUGGAGACUUGUACACAUGGGGUGACGGUGAUUUUGGUCUUCUUGGGCAUGGAAAUGAAGUUAGUCAUUGGGUCCCCAAAAGAGUAAAUGGACCCUUAGAGGGCAUACACGUCUCAUAUAUCUCAUGUGGGCCCUGGCAUACUGCGGUGGUGACCUCUGCUGGUCAAUUAUUUACUUUUGGCGAUGGUACUUUUGGUGUUCUUGGUCAUGGAGACAGAAAAUGUGUCUCUAAACCUAGGGAAGUGGAGUCUUUAAAGGGGCUUCGAACUGUACGAGCAGCUUGUGGGGUUUGGCAUACUGCAGCGGUUGUUGAAGUCAUGGUGGGAAGCUCAAGUUCAAGUAAUUGUUCAUCAGGAAAACUUUUUACUUGGGGAGAUGGUGAUAAAGGUAGACUUGGGCAUGGUGACAGGGAGUCAAAACUUGUCCCUACCUGUGUUGCAGCUCUUGUCGAACCAAACUUUUGCCAGGUUUCAUGUGGACACAGCUUGACAGUUGCAUUGACGACUUCUGGUCAUGUAUAUACAAUGGGGAGUCCUGUCUAUGGCCAAUUAGGUCAUCACCAAGCUGAUGGGAAGUUACCCCGUCGUGUUGAAGGCAGGUUGGCAAAGAGCUUUGUGGAGGAGAUUGCUUGUGGAGCAUAUCAUGUUGCUGUCUUGACUUCCCGAACUGAAGUUUACACAUGGGGAAAGGGGGCAAAUGGAAGAUUGGGUCAUGGGGAUACUGACGACAGAAAUUCUCCAACUUUAGUGGAAGCUUUAAAAGACAAGCAAGUCAAAAGUAUUGCUUGUGGUACUAAUUUCACUGCUGCUAUUUGCCUUCAUAAAUGGGUGUCAGGGGUUGACCAAUCCAUGUGUUCAGGCUGUCGUCUUCCUUUUAACUUUAAAAGGAAACGCCACAACUGUUAUAACUGUGGGCUUGUCUUUUGUCAUUCAUGUAGCAGCAAAAAAUCAAUGAGGGCAUCAAUGGCACCAAAUCCCAAUAAACCCUAUCGUGUCUGUGACAACUGCUUCAGUAAAUUGAAAAAAGCUAUGGAAACCGAUGCUUCUUCCCAGUCUUAUAUGAGUCGACGAGGAAGCAUGAAUCAGUCAGUAACUGAUAUGACAGACAAGGAUACUAAGUUGGAUACAAGGUCUCGAGCUCAACUUGCUAGAUUUUCUUCAAUGGAAUCCUUCAAACAAGUAGAAAACCGUUUUUCCAAACAGAAGAAAAAACUUGAAUUCAACAGCAGUCGUGUUUCACCUAUUCCAAAUGGUACCUCUCAGUGGGGAGCUCUCAACAUUUCCAAGUCUCUUAAUCCAGUAUUUGGCUCCUCCAAGAAAUUCUUUUCAGCUUCAGUUCCUGGAUCAAGAAUUGUUUCUCGAGCAACAUCACCAAUAUCUAGACGGGCCAGUCCACCUCGUUCUACUACACCAACACCAACAUUGGGUGGACUCACGUCUCCAAAGAUUGUUUUGGACGAUGCUAAAAGGACAAACGAUGGCCUUAGCCAAGAGGUUAUCAAAUUAAGAGCACAGGUGGAAAAUCUCAUGUGCAAGGCUCAACUUCAAGAUAUAGAACUGGAAAGAACUACGAAGCAGCUAAAGGAGGCAAUAGCCAUUGCUGGAGAAGAGACUGCCAAAUGCAAAGCAGCAAAAGAAGUGAUCAAGUCACUUACUGCUCAGCUGAAGGAAAUGGCUGAGAGGUUGCCAGUAGGUGCUUCCCGGAGCAUCAAAUCUCCUACAUCUUUAUCCUCGGGUUCCAAUAUUACCGCCAGUGACAUACCAAAUGGCUGUAUUGACCGAGUUCAUAGUCAACUAACUUUCCAAGAUGUGGAGUCAAAUGUAUCUAACAGUCAACUGCUUCCCAAUGGAUCAAGCAAUGCCAGUAAUCGCAAUGCUGUUCAAAACAGACAAGCGUUUCCAGAACCAACGACAAGAAAUGGGGCCAGAACAAAAGAAGGUGAUUCUCGUAAUGAGAAUGAAUGGGUCGAACAAGAUGAACCAGGUGUAUAUAUUACACUUACCUCCUUACCUGGAGGUGUCAAAGAUCUUAAACGUGUUCGCUUCAGUCGAAAACGGUUUAGCGAGAAACAAGCUGAACAGUGGUGGCAAGAGAAUCGUGCAAGAGUUUAUGAGCAGUAUAACGUGCGCAUGGGGGACAAGUCAAGUGUUGGCACUGUAAGCGAGGACUUGCCACAUUGAAACAUGCUAAUAGAUUUGUAAGUGAUUUUUCUUUUCUUGACCUCUUCUUUUUCUUCCCUGCCGGAAAUCUGCUGUAUGGGGAAGAUCAUAUUCAUCACUUAGUUUGGCUUCUCAAAUUUGUGGGGUGGUAGCAGGGUUUGCCAUAAAAAGAACUAGGAGUAGAGGUUUGCUUUGUAAGUUUUCGUUAGCUUUUUCUUUUUCUUUUUAUGGCUUGACCUGUUCUUUUACAUUUAUCUUUUUUUCCAUUUCCCCCCUCCAUAAUGGUGUUUGUGGGGAAUUGAGGGUGAGAGAUGUAAAGUUUUAGUAGGCUGCUUGCUCUAUAUUGGGAGUAGCUUCCUUGUAAAUUUCCAAAGUAAAUGCAUCUUCAGAUAUCAAAUCGCUACCGUUUCUACAUUCA